AUGACUUUAACACUGCAAACAAUCAGCAGUAAACACGACCAACCCUCGCAGGUAUAAUGGGCAGUUAGCAAAAAACAGGAAGCACCAGCUCUGUGGCAGGAGAAUACGUCCCAUCAGCAAAAGGGAGGAGUUGUGUGAGCUCCUUAUUUGGUGAAAGAGAUCACGUGGCCUGCUGCGUCUGAACGGUUCACAACAGUUGUGAAGAAGUUGGGAGAACUUCGAACUUUGGAAAGCCAAGAAGACUUCAGUUGGUAGCUUGGAGAAGAAGAAAGUGAAAGGUUCGGGAGACAGCAAAGCACAUGGUGUGAAGGGAAAAUGCCCACCGCAUUCACAGUGGUGCCGGUGGAAGAUAGCCCACUAUCGGAGACACAUGAUGAACAGAUCCAAAAUGAAGAGGGCAGGGAGGGGCCAGACACAGCGGCUGGACCCUGCUCAGACGAUGAAGCUUACAGAGAAACCUGCUCCUUAAUCAGUACAGAUCGCGAUGAGAGCCUCUAUGGAAAGAAUAUGGCUCUCUAUGAGGAAGAGAUGGACAGCACUCCAAUGGUGUCGUCUCUCCUCAACAAACUGGCAAACUACACCAUCAUAACUCAAGGGGUUAUUGAGCAUGAGGCUGAAAGUGAGGUUGGUAUCAAGAGAGUCACUGUUAAUGGUCCUCAGAUGGGCACAUUUAUAGGUGUGUACCUGCCAUGCAUGCAGAACAUCCUGGGUGUGAUUUUAUUUUUGCGCCUCACAUGGAUAGUGGGUACAGCAGGCAUCCUGCAGUCUCUUGCUAUCGUCUUCAUGUGUUGUGCUUGCACCAUGCUGACUGCAAUUUCAAUGAGUGCAAUUGCAACUAAUGGUGUAGUGCCUGCGGGUGGCUCAUACUACAUGAUCUCCCGGACGUUAGGCCCAGAGUUUGGAGGUGUAGUUGGUUUGUGUUUCUACCUGGGCACCACCUUUGCAGGAUCUAUGUACGUGCUUGGCACCAUGGAAAUUUUGUUGAGGUACAUAAUAUCGCCCGACUAUACUGUGUUCCAAGCAAUGGAAAAUAACAUGCGUCUCUAUGGCACCGGUUGUUUGAUUGUAUUGUCACUGGUAGUGUUUCUUGGAGUGAAAUAUGUCAACAAGCUGGCGUUGGUCUUCUUGACCUGUGUGAUUCUGUCAAUAAUGGCCGUCUAUGCUGGGGUCAUCCAGACCACCAUCAAGACUACAGAUUUUAAAAUCUGUCUACUAGGCAACCGCACUUUGCAAAGUUACAAGUUCGACAAGUGUGCAAAGACAGAGACCAUUGACAAUGUUACCACCAACACCCAACUAUGGGGGCUAUUUUGUAACGACUCGCUGGAAAUACCAUGUGAUGAGUACUUCACGAAUAACAAUGUGACAGAGAUUAACGCCACCCGUAGCUUGUUCAGCGGUGACAUAUCAGAUAACUUGUGGGGACAGUAUAACACUAAAGGUGUAAUAGUGGAGAAGGAGGAAUUGAGUUCAGUAUCUAACAGCGAUGGCAGUUCAGGACCUUAUGUCCUUAAUGAUAUUGCAACCUGUUUUACCAUUCUGGUUGGGAUCUACUUUCCCUCAGUUACAGGAAUCAUGGCGGGGUCAAAUAGAUCUGGAAAUCUUAAAGACCCUAAACGGUCCAUUCCCACGGGCACAAUUAUGGCUGUCGUAACCACCUCCAUUAUCUACAUCUCCUGUGUGGUGUUAUUUGGAGCGUGUAUUGAAGGAGUGGCAUUGCGAGACAAGUUCGGAGAAUCGGUUAACAGGACUCUAAUAGUUGGUACGCUAGCGUGGCCAUCUCCUUGGCUGAUUGUGAUUGGCUCAUUUUUCUCCUGCUGUGGGGCGGGACUACAGAGCCUAACCAGUGCCCCCAGGAUCCUUCAGGCUUUAGCACGAGAUAGCAUCAUACCUUUCCUGCAGGUGUUUGGUCAUGGUAAAUCUAACGGUGAGCCGACUUGGGCUUUACUGCUCACUGGAGCCAUCUGUGAGUUUGGGAUCCUCUUAGGCUCUCUGGAUGUGGUUGCUCCCAUCCUCUCAAUGUUUUUCUUGAUGUGUUACCUCUUUGUAAACCUGGCAUGUGCUGUCCAAACACUUCUGCGCACGCCAAAUUGGAGGCCAAGGUUCAAGUUCUAUCACUGGUUCCUCUCGUUCCUCGGGAUGAGUCUGAGUCUCUCCCUCAUGUUUGUCUCGUCUUGGUAUUAUGCCUUGAUUGUCAUUGUGGUUUCUGGAUUCAUCUACAAAUACAUAGAAUACAGAGGGGCUGAGAAGGAAUGGGGAGAUGGGCUCCGAGGAUUGUCACUUAAUGCAGCUCACUACUCCCUUAUCAAACUGGAAGAGACGCAACUACACACCAAAAACUGGAGACCCCAGCUGCUGGUGUUCCUGAAACUGGACUCUGACCUGGAAGUGAAACAUUCACGCCUGCUGUCCUUCACUACACAGCUGAAGGCUGGAAGGGGUCUGACUAUCGUCUGCUCGGUACUGGAGGGGACUUACAUGGCUCGUACAGCAGAUGCUAAGACCUCUGAACAGAAUAUCAAAGCAGCCAUGGCAAAGGAAAAAAUGAAGGGAUUCUGUCACGUGGUGGUGUCUUCUAACCAGCGAGAUGGUUUUUCUCAACUCAUUCAAUCUGCAGGCCUGGGUGGAAUGAAGCACAAUGCAGUGAUGAUGUCCUGGCCCACUAACUGGAAACAGGCAGAGAGCUCCCUCUCCUGGAGGAACUUCAUCGAAACCAUAAGAGAGACAACUGCUGCCCAACAGGCCCUUCUAGUGGCGAAAAACAUCGACAGUUUCCCAACAAACCAGGAUCGGUUUGCAGAGGGCACCAUUGAUGUCUGGUGGAUUGUCCAUGAUGGCGGUCUGCUCAUACUUCUUCCAUUUCUACUCCGUCAGCACAAGGUUUGGAAAAAGUGCAGAAUGAGAAUCUUCACGGUGGCUCAGAUGGAUGACAACAGCAUCCAAAUGAAGAAAGACCUGCAGAUGUUCUUGUAUCACCUGCGUCUCGAUGCUAAAGUGGAAGUUGUUGAAAUGCAUGCAGGUGAUAUCUCAGCCUUUACCUAUGAGAAGACGCUUGUGAUGGAGCAACGUUCUCAGAUGCUGAAGCAAAUGCAGCUUUCAAGGACAGAGCGAGAGAGAGAGAUUCAAAGCAUCACAGACGAAUCUCGGAAUUCCAUCAGAAGGAAGCCCUGUGCGGGGAAACCGUCUCCCAACGUCUUGAAAGUACCAACCAUAGUUCUGGAGAAGGAGGCUCAGCUGAUUCAUGACAGGAACACUAAGUCUCACGCUAUUCUGAAUGACAAGGUCACGCCCACCUCCGACCGUGUCCAAAUGACCUGGACCAAAGAGAAGCUGCUAAGCGAGAGGAACCGUCAUCGGGAGCCCAACAUGGCUGUGCGGGACCUCUUCAGACCAGAGUGGGAGAAUCUGAAUCAGGCGAAUGUAAGAAGAAUGCACACGGCGGUAAAACUGAAUGAGGUCGUGGUCAACAAGUCCCAAGGAGCCCAGCUGGUGUUGCUAAACAUGCCGGGACCACCCAAAAGCAAAGAUGGGGAUGAGAACUACAUGGAGUUCCUGGAGGUCUUGACAGAGGGAUUGAACCGGGUGCUGCUUGUCCGAGGUGGUGGCAGAGAGGUCAUCACUAUUUACUCUUAGCACUCAAGCAAGGGCAGUACAGACAUUGAGUAUUUCUGUGAGAACAGACUGUUCAGUAAUUCAGAGUUCGCACAAGGCCAGAGCUGGGCAGAUACUGUACAGAUGAACUCAGCUGUAAGCUGUCCCACCCCUGCUGCAGGCCAGCACUGAUCUUCACAGAUGGUGGAGGAGAAUUGUUCUUCACUUGGCUGUGAAUGUGGUCCUUAAUAACCAUUUACCCUGUAAAUAGAGACAGGCCAACUGUAAGACUCUAAGACUUGAAGAUAGUGUUAGGGGGCGUGCACACCAAAGCUUUUACGUCCGCGGCCAGCGCAUGUUUUCAAUUGUUUCCAAUGGAAGCUCAGUGUUUUUCAAAUAAGCCAGCAGCUAGCGGUUUUCUUCCGCGCUGAAAACCGGCGCCCGGUGGUUUUUUCUCUGCGCUCAGCGCCGAGAGUUGAAAAAUAUUCAACUUUGGGUAAAAAGCUCUGCUUGUCAAUGUCAGUUCUCACGCGGCCGUCCAAUCACAGUGGAGGAGGGGAGGGACAAGCAUCACAGCAAUUAACCGUCUCACAGCUGACAUAUCAGAGCUACCAAAGCGCUUGGUGAAGAAAGCUGGCCCUUAGCUGAAAAACAUCUGUGCCCGGUUGCAUGAAAGUCCUUAAGCUAAGAAAUCCCUUAAAUAUAAGGUUAAGGGUGCCCUUAAUAAAAAAUGGGUUGCAAGAAAAACCCUUAAGUGAACCUUAAGGCUGUCAAUAAGUAUUUACCCUUAAAUGCUAAAGUAUUACCUUAAGUUCUGCUAUGCGUUGCAACAAAGUCCUUAAGUCCAAUUUUCCCUUAAAAACUUAAGGGACUAUAACAGGUCCCUUAACGUCACAUGCGAUGGCUGAUUGUAUGGUAUUUUUAAAAAAAUGAAGUACCAACGCGCAUUUCUAACGAUCUAAAUAAUCCCUAGAGAAAAGUGAUGCGUAUUUAUUAGGAGAAUAGCGGGUUGAUCGUCCGUCAAUCUAAAGUGUUUCCAGUUUGAAUUACUUUGAGGUUUUAUACAUGCGGCACUUUACAGUCUGUUAUUUGCGAUGUUUCAUUGUACACAAAUCCGCCAUCUGUUGAGCUGCGUGCGUUGAUUUGUUACCGCUGUGAGAUUUUGUAACUACAGCAACCGCGUCUCCGCUGCCGUGUUUUGGCAGAGACUGCCGUAAAAUACUUAGUAUAAACACUUAGGUAAGGGUGACAGUUAAGACCUUUGUUGCAACGCUCUUAAAUAAAUCCCUUACCUCAGGGAUUUUUUCUCCCUCAGGGAAACCCUCACUUAAGGAGUUUCAUGCAAGCGGGCACUGGUAUUCUGCGUUGUCCAGGCGUUUUCAGCUGCGUUUAAAAGUUUUGGUGUGCACAACCCCUUAGUAUUGUUGUCUUAUUGCUGAGGCCAUACAUAUUUAACUGCAGGGACAACAGUGUUCAAUUAUGACAGUGUUUUGAAUUUGUGAUUUGUACAUAUGUAUUACAUGUUAUUUUGAAACAUUUCAAAUUUUUCUUCUGAUCUUUAUGUCAUGUUUAAUGUUAGUUUGAUUUAUAAGAUUUUGGUUUGUUUGUUUGUUUGAGUAGCAUUAUGAGUAGCAUUACUGAUAUAAUCACAUCAGCCAAACCAAAUGGAUGCUUUCUGCAUUAUUUACUACUACAAGUUUCACUUCUUUCAAAUUAUUUUUUUCUUAUUUUAAAUAAAACAAGAACAAAACAUGGAACUUGUGCCUAGGAACUAGUUUUCUCAUAAAUAAAUUAUUAAUGUUUUCAUAUUAUAUCAUUAAACUUUAUAUCAG